AUGGCCAAGCUUUCAGCAGAACGAGCCGGACUGCGUUGGAUGGCGUUAGGGAGUUGGGGAGUUGAGGAGUUGGAGUUAGAUGGAGUUGCAGACAGUUGCCAGGCCAAAAGACCAAAGAUCACAUGGACACCACCACCGACGACCGAGACGACCGACUAUGACGAGACCGCAUCUACCGAGACCGGACGGAAACCACGUCGAGAUUUUGACCGAACGUGA